AUGUCCUCAACCAAUCAACCACGACAAGUCUCCGAGGAGGAAUUCUUCCGGCAAUUAGGCCUGGACUCGGACAACGAAGCUCAUAUGCGGAUUUACGCAGCAGCCAAGGCAGAGGUGGCUGAAGGUUAUCGGCGACUGGGCGGCAACGGUACUGCAGUGCAAGAGAACGCCUUUCGUCAAGAAGUCCGCACCAUCUACGAAUCUGCCAGCCCUGCGACGAAGAUGGUGUAUGAUCGAGGUCUGACAUCCAAUGUAGAAGACAACUGGGUGAUUCGAUGGCUGCUGUGGCAAGCUAUCAGCCUGCCGAAUGGAUCAUAA